AUGGGUAGAAAGUUCGCUCCUCACGAUGGCACCAAGUGGCCUAUAGGGAUGAUCUACGACCGAGCCCAGUUCGGCAUGAAGAUGGUUGAUGUCUCUAACGUGGCUAGAGCCAUGAGAUUCUCACAGACCUUGCACAGUCUCGCAUUACCGCAUAACCUCAUUGACGAUCAGCUCGCAAAGGUCCUUGCUAUGGGCCUGCGAUCUUGUCAUGUUCUCACUGAUUUGGAUCUAUCUCAUAAUAAGAUCAGCGAUAAAGGCGCGCGGAAAAUAGCUACAUUAUUGUCGCCUGCAGAAGAGAUUAGAUUGAGUAAACUCUCUCUUGAGGAUAAUGAUAUUCAUGCGAAUGGUGUGAUGCACAUCGGCCGUCACUUGGCUGAGAACGACAGUCUACAGAAGCUCUCACUAAGACUUAACCGCAGCGAAGACAACGGUGCUUCACAUUUGCUACAUAGUUUGGUAGCCAACUCCACCCUACUCGAACUGGACCUAUCCAGCAACGACAUCACGAGUCGCACCAUACCUUACCUCACCUCUUGCCUCGCCGAGAAUAAUACUUUGGCAGUGAUCGAUCUCUCGGGCAACCCGUUGUACACGGACCCUGAGGAACCGACGAUGGCAAAAUCGGACGCGUUCCUGCGGANNNNGUCUGCUAGGGAUUCGAGGACCUCCAAAUUGAGGACCAGAGUUUGA